UUUAUACAUUCUAUUAAUAAUACAAAGCCUCUAUACAAGCAGGGCUGUGCCCUGCCCCCGCUAAUAGUGUGCAGGGCUCUCUCCUGCUUCCCUGCUGCAGGCUCUCUUACAACCGUAUUGUCAAUAAAAUGCACAGUACUACUACAUUUAUAAUACUUUUCAUUGUACUGUCAAUGAAAUUUGAUUUCAGUGUUACUGUAGCUUCAGUAGAAACUCAGUAUGCAUUUGGCAUUAUUUUAUUACUGUAACGUCAAGCUUGGCAAAUGUCUGUGAUAUUCUUUGAGCGCUGGAUGAGGAAGCAGGUAUCUUGUUUGUUUAUGUCCGUGUUAUGUCUGUGUUGAAGGGACUAUCUAUCUGACUAUCUGUACAGAUCUGCCUCCUUAUUUUUUUUUUUUCCGGCUGCUAUCGGUCUCACUCAGCCAUUGAAAGCUUUUCUCUGCUUUUUCCUGAGAAAAAAUGACCUAGAGACCUGCGCUUGACAUCUUUUUGAUGAUGUCGGACCAUGUUGGAAAACAUGGAACAAGUAUUGAAUAGCAGUUUGCUACGCAUGAGGAAUGACGGCUGUAUUCAUGUUAUUUUUCUGAAAAGUGAUUUAACAUUGGAUAGAAAAAACUGUUAGUUCCAAAAAUGCAAGCACUGCUGUGAUAGAUGAAAGCUGCAAUAUUGUAGAGAAGUUACUCUGAAGUUGUAACAACUGAAAAAGAUUCUUUUGUGUCAAAGCAAAUGGCUGGCCAGCAGCACACGGCUGUACAAACAAGUCCUUUGAUCUCCAGCCCUGACAUGAAAGAAGCUUGCCCUUCGGGAAGUCCACUGGGGUAUAAAACUAGUUAACAGGUUUUUGCUUAGAAAAUACAGCUGGUUUAUGACGGGGUCAUAAAGCUAGUUUUCAAGGGGACCGAAGGAGCCAGGCUCUAAGACUUCAAAUAGAUCAAAAGAGAAAAGGUCUCAAGAAGAUGACAAAAACCAGAUGUAUGGACCUUUGUGGCACCAGGGGUGUGAAGAAUGCACUGAGUUCAGAGGUCUUCACACUAGAUCACACACACACACUCACACACACACACACACUCGCACAUGAAAUAUAUGGUAACAGGAUAAUGAGUUGUACCUUUUCUAUUGGUUAAGUGUCAGAGAAAGAGGAGGAGAGAGACACCUAUGCAGAAGGGUAUUUAAUGUCAUGCAACAAUUGUAAGAACGAGUAUUCUGUUUGUCCUGUACCUGGGACCAGACUCCCUGCAUAUUUCAAUAAACCUAACAACUGAUUGAAGAAAAGGACUCUGUGCAGUUUCUUGAAUCUACUUACUCACCAUCCUUUUUUCAGUUACAUCAGACCGGAAAGGGAAAAUUGUAAUGUCAGACCUGGUCCAACAUGGCCGCAAAGGGUUAAACUUUUUCAACAGAUAAAAUCCUAUGAUAUUAUAAAUUUAUUACAAGAAAUUCUGUGUUCCUUCAAUAGUAAAGCCACUCCUGCUAUAAUGCCAGAUUGCAUUUGUCCCUUGAAUGCCGUUCAUUACACUAUUUAAAUUGAUACAUGAUUAUUUUUUCAGCAGCUACUAAACAGAAUCCGGUCUGCUGCCAUGGACAGUGUGAAGAUGGAAUCUGUCCAGAUUAAAGAGGAGUUCCCUGAACUUGAACUUGUCCCCAUUAGAGUGGAGUUCUCUGGGCUGGCUUCCCUCCCCAUUAAACAGGAGCUCUGUGAGAUACAAUGUGACAGCAGUCAGCCAGAGGUCUCUGACAUUAAAGCUGAGCACAAUGAAUUGGAGAUCCCCCAGAUGGAAGAAUCCCUUCCUGUGAAACAAGAAGAGGUUCUGGAAACUGUCCGUAUUAAACAGGAGCCCCCUGAAGUAGAGUUUGACGACAUGGAACCAGUGAAGGAAGAAUCCGAGGACUUCAAUCCAAACAUCCUUGAGCAGGAGCCUGUACGCCUGCGGGAGUGUAGCAUGGUGCUGGAGAGAAUCUGCGUGAGAGAGCAAGGCGCUGGAGAGGAAGGCUCUCCCAACAGCAUGCAAGGAGGUGGAAAGGGAGACGGGCGCUCCCAUUCAGAAUGCAGUCUAGCAGGUUCCAGUCCAGCAGCUAAGAGGACGGCCGGUGGUGAAUAUUCUGACUGUGGGAAAGGUUUCACCCAGUUAGGACGUUUAAAAACACACCAGCAAAUUCACACAGGAGAGAAACCGUAUUGCUGCUCUGACUGUGGGAAGAGUUUCAUUCGCUUAGGAAACCUGAAAACACACCAGCAAAUUCACACAGGAGAGAAAACAUAUCGCUGCUCUGACUGUGGGAAGAGUUUCAGUCAAUCAGGGCCCCUGAAAGCACACCAGCAAAUUCACACAGGAGAGAAACCGUAUUGCUGCUCUGACUGUGGGAAGAGUUUCAGGGAAAGAGGAACCCUGAGAAAUCACGAGCGAAUUCACACAGGAGAGAAACCGUAUUGCUGCUCUGACUGUGGGAAGAGUUUCAGUCGCUUAGGAAACCUGAAAACACACCAGCAAAUUCACACAGGAGAGAAACCGUAUUGCUGCUCUGACUGUGGGAAGAGUUUCAGAAAUUCAGGAACACUGAAAACACACCAGCGAAUUCAUACAGGAGAGAAACCGUAUUGCUGCUCUGACUGUGGGAAGAGUUUCAGAGUUUCAGAAAAACUGAAAACACACCAGCGAAUUCACACAGGAGAGAAACCAUAUUGCUGCUCUGACUGUGGGAAGAGUUUCAGUCAGUUAAGUAACAUGAAAACACACCAGUUAACUCACACAGAAGAGAAACCAUAUUGCUGCUCUGAUUGUGGGAAGAGUUUCAGAGAAAGAGGAACCCUGACAAAACAUGAGCAAAUUCACACAGGAGAGAAACCGUAUUGCUGCUCUGACUGUGGGAAGAGUUUCAGAAAUUCAGGAAAACUGAAAACACACCAGCGAAUUCACACAGGAGAGAAACCAUAUUUCUGCUCUGACUGUGGGAAGAGUUUCAGGCAUGCAGACUCCCUGAAUAAACACCAGCGAAUUCAUACAGGAGAGAAACCGUAUUGCUGCUCUGACUGUGGGAAGAGUUUCAGAGAAAGAGGAACCCUGACAAAACAUGAGCGAAUUCACACAGGAGAGAAACCGUAUCGCUGCUCUGACUGUGGGAAGAGUUUUAGUCAGUUAAGUAACCUCAAAAAACACACCAGCAAACUCACACAGGAGAGAAAUUGUAUCAGUGCUCUGACUGUGGGAAGAGUUUCAACAAGUUAGGACAUCUUCAAACACACCAGUGAAUUCACACCGGAGACAAACCCUAAGGACCAUGUUCAUUGAGAAAGAAACAUUACCUUACAUCAGCGCUCCAGAUAAGGUUUGGGGUCUAGGAGUAACUUACCCUCUAAUUUUAACACAGAGUAAAAUGUAUUUUCAGUGGGUAAAAUGCAACAUUUCUUUGAAGUCCUGAGUAAUCUCGAUAAAUACUGUACAAUCUUUGAUGCUAAUGGGCAGGCAUUAAAAAAAAGCCUUCCGUUUUAACUGCAGUGUUUCUUUGAACUACGGCACAACCACAGCUCUACAAGGUUCUGUAUCGGCUCAGCACAUUUAUUUUCCAAGUAUCACACUGACUCUGCAAAUCAAUUACAUUAUAUUUUAACAUGAACCUCUUUUGCGAUAAAGACGUACCUGGCACGUCAUGAUUAAAAACAUGGUUAAAAAUGUUUAAAAAAAAAAAAAAAAAUCUGGAUUGCUGUGGCUCAUCGAGGAGUUAUUACACAACAUCUUAAUGUCAUUAUAUUACAUAGAUAAAAUAUAUUUGAUGUGACGCAGUUGUUAAAUGUAAUUUACAGCCUGUUUGAAUGCAAGCAGUGGCCAUCUUUGGCUUGUACUGGAAACAUCCAGAAUGAAUUUAAAACAAUCUGUGUGUAACUUUUGUUUUCUUUUCAAUGAGGAUUGAUAAUAAAAAAAGUUUACCUUUUGAUUAGUAGCUGUUUUAUCGAGCUGUGCUUCAUGAAAUCAGCUUUGAAGUUACAUACGACUAUUUGUCUAUGUCUUGUUUUGUUCAUGUGACAGAGAGGAAGAUACUUCCUGCUCCUGACUGUCAUCGUGUGACACCAUUGUAAUGCACAGAGUGUGUGGGAGCUACUGUAUCAUCGUGUGACACCAUUGUAAUGUACAGAGUGUGUGGGAGCUACUGUAUCAUCGUGUGACACCAUUGUAAUGCACAGAGUGUGUGGGAGCUACUGUAUCAUCGUGUGACACCAUUGUAAUGUACAGAGCGUGUGGGAGCUACUGUAUCAUCGUGUGACACCAUUGUAAUGCACAGAGUGUGUGGGAGCUACUGUAUCAUCGUGUGACACCAUUGUAAUGUACAGAGUGUGUGGGAGCUACUGUAUCAUCGUGUGACACCAUUGUAAUGUACAGAGCGUGUGGGAGCUACUGUAUCAUCGUGUGACACCAUUGUAAUGCACCGAGCGUGUGGGAGCUACUGUAUCAUCGUGUGACACCAUUGUAAUGCACCGAGCGUGUGGGAGCUACUGUACUUCCAACUUUUAAAAAAGUGUUGUAAACCCAGCGAUCAUAGGGUAAAAAUAAACAUUAGGAACCGUG